ACUUUGUCUGGUGCAUAGCCUGACCCACACAAACACACACACACACACAUUUCAUAUAAGGAGCAUUGAAAUAGUCGUAAGAGCAGAUGAAACAAGCAAGCCAAUGAAGGCAACAAAACACGAAUGACAGCAAGACUUCAGUUUUAAAAAGAUGAGCACCUGGUUCCUCCUUUCUCUGUGUGCGCUGACCUGUUGUUGCGGCCGCAGAAAUGGCGCCCUCUCUUGCCCAGACACGUGCACCUGCCAUUUCUCUUCCAGCGACACCACGGUGGUCUGCAGUGAAGCCUCCCUCUCCCAGUUCCCCUCCGAUGGUCUCCCAGGCAACACCACCUCCUUGUCCAUCCAAUCCACCAACCUCAGCACGAUUACUGCCAACCACUUACAGGCCACGCCCCUUCUGAAAGAGCUCCAACUAUAUUACAACAACCUGAGCACACUUCCUUCACAUCUCCUCAGAGCUGUUCCUCACCUGCACACGUUGGAUCUCACAGGGAACCACCUGCACUUCCUGCCACCAUAUGUCUUCAGCCACGCUCCGCUGCAUAACCUGGUGCUGAAGAACAACCUGAUCAGCGGUGUGGAUGCUGAUUGGCUCCCUGACAACAGUAACCUCACCUGGCUGGACCUGUCAGGGAACCGUUUGACGGCCGUACCCACAGCCCUGUUCCAGAAACUACGCCACCUGAAGAACCUUGACCUCUCCCAUAACCACCUGGAGAAGCUCCUGGCGGGGGCCCUGAAUCCUCUGAGCAGCCUCGAGAGGCUCAACCUGGAGGGGAACCAACUCAGCGCCCUGGACCCAUCCGCCUUCAGGAACACCCCAAACCUGACGCACCUUUUCCUCCAGGAGAACCAACUGGAGAGGCUUCCCCCGACUCUCCUCCAGGGGCUCCAUCGCCUCGAUUUCCUGUUUCUCAACUUCAACCGGCUUGGUCACAUCUCCAACACCCUGCUGGAGCAGCUCUCCUCCCCACGGACAAGCAACCGUCUUUGGGUGGCCUUCAGCCAGAACCCCUGGGUGUGUGAUAAGAAGGUGGAGGACCUGUGGAGGUGGCUGCAGAAGAAUCAGAAGAAAGCUUUCCUGGCCGAUGACAUCAGGUGUGCCAGCCCUGAGUCUCUGAAGGAACGAUCAGUUAUGUCACUAACUGACAGUGAGCUAGGACUCUGAUUUAUUAGAUAUUUUUCACUUAAACAAUAAGACGGUGGGGAGGUGUCUCAGUAUGACCCAGGGGAGUGUUCUUUCUUGAGAAGGUGAAAUGUGCCAGCUCUGGUUGUUAAGGACCAGCGGUUGUGUCUCUGACAAAGAAAGAGCUAGGCCUCAAAACUGACAAAUAAAACAGGCCCACUCUUCAGGUAACAACUGCAAAUUAUUCUGUGUUUUGAUUGGCUAAAAGGUCUCUCUCUGUAUGUAUGUAUGUAUGUAUGUAUAUAUAUAUAUACACACACACACACAUUUGAGACAAACACCUCUUGCAUUUCAAUUAAGGCUUCUGUAUAUUUGUGGAUACCCUUAGGACGGUCUUAUAAGAUCCACUGGCACUAGGUGGCAUCAUAUUCAAUGUUUUUGCACGAUAAACUCCCUAGUAGACUAUUGAGUGACCUGUCCUGAACAGUUGUUAUAAUGUAUAAUACAUGGUUGACAACAACUAUGCAUGAAUAGAAAAUGGACACCUUUGUGACAGGAUGUCUUUGUGACAGCUACUUUUCUACAGGUCAAUCAGCCUGGUGGAUCUAGGCUCUGGUGGUGGUAAUACUAAUAUAGCCUCAUUAUGUUCAGAA